ACAGAUUUUGAAAGUAGAACAGCUGAGAGGGCAAAUACAUUGAAAUAUUCCUGUGCAGGUUAUGUUGCAACCCUCACGAGACUGCGAGGGAACAUUCAAGCGAUAAUUGAGAACUGUGGAACUUUGGAGGACUUACAAUUAAAGCGAGAUUCGUAUGAAGAAGCUUGGAGGAGAAUCGUGAACACCCAUGAAGAGUACAUUGAAUGUCUUGAUGUUCUUGGUCGUUAUGAGGAAGUUGAAAGGGCUGACGCUAACUACAAGGAGCAGAUGUCAAAGAAAGCAACAUUUGACAAUGAAAUUGAAACAUGGAAAUUCCAAGUCACAUCUAGUAUUGAGAAACGAGAGAAUGACUUAAAAUCCUAUGCAAGAAAGUCAAGGAAGAGUACGAAAAGCGGGUCAACCGGCUCAAGUUCAGCUUCAUUAGCAGUGGCGUAGAAAAAGGAAAAACUUUUCCUAGCCCAACUGAAGACCAAGCAAGUGCUGCAGGAACAACAGUUACAGCGCAAAUUAAGUGAUCUUCAAUUUGAGAAGGACAUGUUGGAGGCUAAGGUGGAGGAGGAGCGGGCUAAAGCGAGUCUUAAUGUGUAUGAAGAGUUUGAG